AACGUCGUCGCGCGGGAGGACGACGACGACGACGACGACGGCGAAGGGCGACAGAGGCGUACGAUGACGAACUUAAGGCAGAGUCACGCGAGUUAAUCGGGUAAAACGCGACACGGAAUCAGCCCGAUAUCGCCGACCGAAAGCGGCCGACGCGCGCGUCCCGGCCGGAGGAUGCUGCGCCUGAGACAGGGCACUCGCGGAUCGCGCGUCGCGACGCUCGUCCAGGCGGAGGCUCCACGUGAGCGCGGCUGUCAUCGGGGACGCGUGCAAGUGCACCUCGGCCGCAUGACACCGGCCGCGGGACAUCGUUUGUGAGCAUUAGACCUUGUUACCGUGGAUUACCGUCGUGGAUUUACGCUCGAUAUGCGCACACCCUCUGACAAUACCGUUGAUAUAUCACGGCGUUCCGCGUCCUGCGCUCGGCAAGCUUUCACGAAUUCGGAGAUUCGUGCUCCUAGCAAACUCGUGCCGUUACCAGUGGAUGCUUCAUCUUCCCCCCAGGUGUUAAUCGUGAAGUAAUUUCUCUAUCUCGGAACGCAAAAGUUCACGCAGGAGUUGAAAAUUGCUUACAGUGAAGUAACGUGUGUAUGGUUUUCGCGGUGAGAGCCCAAGUGUCUAUACCGUUUCGAGGAGGCUCGAUUUGACGGGGGAGAAAAUCAACCUGCGCGUUUUCAUUGUGGGAGAUACGACACAGUGAGGACGCAGUGCGCGGACACGGCGAUAGACGUCAAAGAUCGAUGACCGCGCGUCGUGCUUCGCGAUAGCGAGUAACAGUUAACGGGCAAGGAUCGGUAGUGCAGCGAGCGAUCGAGGUGUUAAAAAUGCUGUGUCGCUGGCUCGCCGUGCUGGUACUCGCUGGUAUUCUCCUGGUUAUCGAGGCGAUCGCGAUCAGCCAAGGUACGUUCACUCGCGAUCAGAGAGUUUUGAGCGGUAGUCUUGUUCAGGGGAGUCGCAACGUCAGCGGCGUGCCGGCUUUCGAAACGAAUGUACCACGGAAUGUCACUACCGCAGUCGGUCAGACCACCUUUCUUCACUGCAGAGUUCAUCAGUUGGGCGACAAGGAGGUGUCUUGGAUGCGCAAACGGGACAUGCACAUUUUGAGCGCGGGCAUCCUCAUGUACACGUCGGACCUGAGGUUCCAAGUGAUCCAUCCGGACAAGUCGGAGAACUGGACGCUGCAAAUCAAGUCGCCGCAGCAGCGCGAUUCCGGCGUAUACGAGUGCCAGGUCAGCACCGAGCCGAAGAUGUCGCUCAACUAUAGCCUCAACGUGGUUGAAGCGCGAGCCAGAAUAAUCGGCACGGCGGAUAUCUACGUGAAGACCGGAAGUCUUCUGACGUUGACGUGUCUCAUGUCGCAAGGUCCCCACGAUCUGGGAACGGUAGCUUGGUACCGUGGAAGUCAGGCGGUGGUGACAUCACCGCGAUCAGAAAAUGACAUCGAAGCGGAGCCCCGCAUAACCGUCGAGACGGAAUGGAGCGAUGCCCUCACGUCGAGAUUGAGGAUCACGCAUGCGAAGCCCAGUGACUCCGGAAACUACAGUUGCGUUCCUACCGUGGCGGAGAGAGCGAGUGUCAACGUGCACGUGAUCAAUGGUGAGCAUCCGGCCGCGAUGCAGCACGGAAACACGGCAGCCGGCUCGCCCAACUCGAAGACAGUUCUGGUGAUGCUCGCCUUCCUUCUGGGCCAGCUGAGAUAAUGUGCGUGUACACGAAGGUCGCUCGAGACUCGUAAAAUCGAUGGACGUAUCGCAACCUGAUCGCCCACACAACUGAAACGUUAACCCUUCCGCAUAGACCAUCCUGAAUUCGAUCUCGGUUAAUGUCGUCGUAGCGGCCGAAAAAUUAAAUAACUUACGGAAUUGCACAAUGAGCAUAGAGUGAUGCAAAGCAAGUUUCCGAUUAAUGAGAUCGUUUAUGAGAAUUGCUGGGUAUAUAACUGUGCGAUUUUUAUAUUUUAAUUCAUUUUCGAAGAGUAAUAUUUCAAGAUAAUAAUCGGCACGACACCAUAUCAUUCGCCAUUAUUGACGUUAUUGUUUCUCACUCAUUAAUAUCGCGUCGAUCUUUUUAUUUCAUCGGGAUUAGCUUUUCAAAACUAUCGAAAUCGCGUACGGGGCGAUAGAAGUGUGUCGACUGUGAAUCAUAAUUUUUCCAGCUCCGCUUGAACGAUUUGUUUCACAGCGAAAAUUUUAAUUUCCAAAUAUGGGCAUCGUUAUAUUACCUGAAUCGCACUUAAAAUACUCUCGUUUUGUAGCAGUUAUCUCGCUCCUUUUAAUCUAACGCGAAAAUCCUCAUCCCCGUUUAUCUUAAACUUAACCGUGGGUUUGGCCGCUGGGGUGAGAAAUACAAAGAUAAUCCCUAAGAGACAGCUCUUCUUACGUAAUAAAAGGGACGCUUUGUGCCUAAGGGUUAAGCGGAGUGUGAGGCGGUCGUAUUACACGGUGUCUUAGAAGCAUGAAUUUCACGACGAAUUUCUGAGUCGACUUUUCCCGGCCGCGAAGGAACGAAUCCAGGAAGAAUGGACUUUUCAUACAUUCGUUGUAAUGCAGCGACAAUAUUUACAGUUGGGCUGUAUAAAACGGUAAAUGGCUGCAUAAUCGGCGAUAACCGACGUAUCUCCAGCUCGAAAAAACGUUCUCCAUCAAUAAUUGGCAUGUUGCACAAGCGAUAUUUUCACCAUCAACUUGCGUCCAAAAUUAAUAAUUAUAACAUCGUGUUUAAUGACCGUUCUCUUAAAUAACAAGCGGAUCUCAAGCGAUUUAUUUAUUUUAUUUUUAUUAUAUUUUUUAAUUGAACGACACGUGCAUUUCGACAAAUACCACGUUUUAACGAUAUAAUUUGUUUCCGAUAUUUUAUUUCAUAUUUUUAAUUAUUUGUUUUUAAUCUAUAAUCUACCAUAUAAUGGAAACAAUACCAAUCGCAACGCAAUAUUGCUAGAUUUAAUUCCGAUUUAUUUAUAACAAUCCUAAUAAUCCUAAAGGCAAAACCGUUGACGUAAUCCAGCAUAGUUAUUUUCGCAUGAUAAGCUUCUUUUGCACUCUAUAUCUCCAUAGAUAAGCGACAUAACGAUAAAAGUUUCCUAUUCGCAAAUACUUGAUUAGCCAGAAAUUGAUUUGGUUUAGCUCAGAAAUUAGUUUAUGCUUCGUGACUUAGCAUCGGUAUGGUUUAUCGUGGCAAUAAUAACGGCACGCGUCGAGCAACGAUUCGUACGACCAUGACGGAGCAGUCGAGAGUUCUUAUCAUAUCCACGGAUGACGCGAGGACGUCGAUAUUAUUUAAAGAAUUUGAGCGGCGGCGAGUGAUCGGGUUCUUACGGUUUUUAAUUAAGAGCGCUUCGUGCACGAGCGGGAUCGCAGGUCGCGCCGUCGCCGCUGAAAUUUUUCGAAUAAUUGCGCCGUGAUGUCUAACGCGAUGCGAACGUUAAGAAUUAAUGAUAACGCGCAGCGAGUGUUGACGCAGAGAGGGAGAGACGUGUAGCUGAGCGCGAGUGUCGCUAGAACGCAGAGGGAUAGCGAGCAGAUAAAAACAGGACUACGCCCCGCGCCCUUUCCCGACCAUAGUGAGGAAAGUGUUAAGUGUAAAAUAAAUGUGUCACGAGCAAGUUUAACCGGAGAGCGAUGUAAUAAAACGGGUGGACCGACCUCCACCGGGCGGCGAAGUACUUUCUACUUAUGGCAUAAGUGUUAAAUGAAAACUUAAAGGAAGACACGGAAGACACGGCGUUACACACACAUACACAAACGUACAGAUAAUAGUAGAGAAAUGUAUGUAAACCACGCGCGACUUUUACGGCUCGUAUGAUUUACACCCACGACUAGCCCGAAAUGAAAGAAAAGAAAACUGUGUUUCCCACCCGCUCACACCCUUCUCACUGUCUUAUUUUCACACGGUUCUCUUGCGCGAAAAAAAAACGCAUUCUUGUACAUAAUGUUUUACUCUUGUAAAUAAAUUACCCACACAA